AUGACAGCAAUGGAAGGGGCCAGCGGGUCGAGUUUUGGAAUAGACACGAUUUUGUCCGGUGCCGGUUCCGGUAGCCCCGGCAUGAUGAACGGAGAUUUCCGCCCUCUCGGUGAGGCUAGGACCACGGAUUUUAGGAGCCAGGCCACCCCGUCACCCUGUUCGGAGAUUGAUACGGUGGGAACGGCGCCCUCUUCUCCGAUCUCGGUCACCUUGGAGCCCCCGGAGCCGCAUCUUGUGACAGACGGGCCCCAGCAUCACCAUCACCUCCACCAUGGCCAACAGCCGCCGCCGCCACCAGCCGCGGGCCCCGCGCAAAGUUUGCAGCCUUCGCCCCAACAGCAACCGCCUCCGCAGCCACCGUCGGCAGCCCAACAGCUGGGCUCAGCCGCCUCGGCCCCCAGGACUUCCACCUCUUCAUUUCUGAUUAAGGACAUCUUGGGGGACAGCAAACCUCUGGCGGCUUGUGCGCCCUACAGCACCAGCGUCUCUCCUCAUCACACGCCGAAGCAGGAGAGCAACGCGGCGCACGAGAGCUUCAGGCCAAAGCUGGAGCAGGAGGACAGCAAAACGAAGCUGGACAAGAGGGAGGACUCCCAGAGCGACAUCAAAUGCCACGGAACAAAGGAAGAAGGAGACCGGGAGAUUACAAGUAGCCGAGAGAGUCCCCCUGUGAGAGCCAAGAAACCUCGAAAAGCCAGGACAGCUUUCUCGGACCACCAGCUCAAUCAGCUGGAGCGCAGCUUCGAGAGGCAGAAGUACCUGAGUGUCCAGGACCGCAUGGACUUGGCAGCGGCACUCAACCUCACGGACACUCAAGUCAAGACUUGGUACCAGAACCGCAGAACCAAGUGGAAGCGACAGACCGCAGUGGGCCUGGAGCUGCUGGCCGAGGCCGGGAACUACUCCGCUCUGCAGAGGAUGUUCCCGUCGCCUUAUUUCUACCACCCAAGCCUGCUGGGCAGCAUGGACAGCACCACGGCGGCGGCGGCCGCCGCGGCCAUGUACAGCAGCAUGUACCGGACUCCUCCGGCACCCCACCCGCAGCUGCAGCGGCCGCUGGUGCCCCGCGUCCUCAUCCACGGCCUGGGGCCUGGGGGACAGCCGGCCCUCAACCCUUUGUCCAACCCCAUCCCAGGCACCCCGCAUCCCCGGUGA